UGAAAUGCUGUAUAAAUGCAGCAUCAGCCUGUCAACAGCAGUGUCAAAGCUUAUUGGUACCCAGACAUGAAGGGACUGAGCUUGGUUCUCCUUGCGCUUCUCCUGAUGUUUGCAGUCGGGGAGGGCAAUGAUCCAGAAACGCAGUACUGGACAUGCGGGUAUAGAGGACUCUGCAGACGCAUCUGCCAUGCUCAGGAGUACAUUGUUGGUCAUCAUGGUUGCCCUCGAAGAUACAGGUGCUGUGCAGUGCGGUCUUAGCACCUGCCAAACAUCUGCUGAUGCCUGCAAGAUGUUACAGCACGAGGGCUGACGUCUUCAGUGCAGGGAGCUGGGAUCCCGAGGCUGCAUUCUUCUGGAUAAACCAAUUUGAGAGCUUUGUUCUCAAUCAACCCUUCUUGGACUUGUAACAUGCAGUGGAGUCUGACAAUGAGCACUUUUGCAGUGGACUUCAUCUAGUUAGACUCAGCUCAUUUACAGCUAUUAGGUGUGCAGCUAAUCAUGUUGCUCACUAUGUUGCCUGAAACUUUGUAUGACUGAUCCUGUAUCUCACAUUUAAUAAAGAUUCAUAAUUAAGCCUUUGUGAACAGUCAGUUGUACUUUGUGAAUGCAGUAUUGCCAAUAAAAGCAUGGAAAUAAAAGUA